GACCUUGUGCCUAUCGAUCUGGCGAAAGGCAUCCUUGGAACAAUUGCGAACAUUUUGACUGUUGCGCAGGCAGUGAUCAAGAACAAGUCCGAUUUCCAAGCAAUAGCUGACAAGUGCGAGACCAUCAGGGACAUCCUUGAAAGAGCGACCGAGGGUGCUACCAAAGAUGAUCUGAAAGGAUACUUGGGGCAUGCAUUGACUCAGCUCAACAAAUCAGUAAACCGCAUCAAUAGCGACGUAGAGUCAAAGAAGGAGCAAAGAUUUUGGCACAGGCUCCUCUCUGUCACCAUCGAUCGCGACCGGAUUACGAGAUGGGAGAAAGACUUGGAUGAAGUCCUCAUGCUAUUCAGAACGGAAGCGAUUGCUGGCAUUGCAAUCAGGGUGGACAAGCUGACUUUGGGACCCAGGGAUAACACUCGUGGGAUCAAUGACACCCAGUAUCGUCCACCCGCACCUCCAUCACGGCCUCCCAUGUUUUAUGGCCGUGGGGAUCUCGUCGCAGAACUGACCAACCUUGUCAUCAAUGACGAGCACAUUGCGUUGAUUGGUCCAGGAGGGAUGGGAAAGAGUUCCCUUGCCAAAACUAUCCUCCACGAGGCAGCCAUCAUGGAAAGAUUUGCCAACAGGCACUACUUCAUCCUUCGAACCAUUACAUUUGAAGCUUUCACGACUCGUUUCGCACAAGCCCUUGGCAUAGAGCUUUCCGGCGUUAAUCCAGUGCAGCAAAUAUGCGCCUGUCUUCGUUCUGCUAGCGCCCUUGUUGUUCUAGAUAAUGCUGAGACUUUCGAAGAGGCCGGUGGAUCAUCAGCGCUCACGGAAAUCCCGCAAGCUAUUGCUGAAAUUGCAGGCAUCCCCGGCGAUAUUCCACCACUAGAUUCAAACUCUGCUCAAGAAGCAUUCUUUCGAAUUUACCGUCUAGCCAGUCGUGAAAAUGCGGACGGAGGAAUAGCAAACUUGCUUCGGGAUUUGGAAUAUCACCCGCUUUCCAUCAAUCUACUCGCAAAUGCUGCACAGCAAAACGGUUGGUCUCCGGCUAUACUGCUGGAGAGAUGGAAGGAUCGGCACAGUGCGGUGCUAGACCAUGGCGAGGGAAAGCUACAAAGCUUGUCAUACACCAUGCAGCUGUCACUCAGCUCACCGUCAAUCCAGAAACUUGGAGAGAAGGCUCAGCAUGCUUUAACUGUCAUCGCCUUCUUGCCCCAGGGUCUCAAUGAGGCCCUGUCCAAGCGUAUCUUGCCAUCUACCCUGCAAAUCGACGACAUAUGUGAUGUUUUAUGGAGGCAAUCUCUCGUUUAUCGCCAAGGCGGCUUCGUCAAAAUGCUCGCACCCAUUCGGCAUUAUGUGCGAGAUUCGUUGCCACCACCUGACUCCACAUGUUUGGAAGAGAUACGCACCUUCUACUAUUGCACUGUCCAACAGUGUUCGGCAGAACGAGAUGAUCAUGCUGAUAUCAUUAUCUCGGAUCACCUCAACAUUGAGCAUGUUGUUGCUUUCGAUCUCACCCAAAUCCCUGAGGAGACUUAUCGCGCUUGCUGGGAAUUUGUGCAGUGCUUGACGUGGCAUCUUCCUCGCCCAACUACCCUUACCCCCGCUAUUUUCAACAUCCGUCUCGGCUGGCUCAACAUGGCUCUUUCUCGGUCCAAAGAAGCCAUACAGGCCUUCCAGGCUGCUGAGCCACUCUAUCUCACCGUCGGCAACCAUGAGAUGGUGGCGCGCUGCAUUCAUCCAUGUUCAGACGUAUACGCAUGCCAAGGCCGCUUCAUUCAAUCCCAACAGGUCCUUGAGGACCUCCAGCAUUCCGAUUCAUGGCAACAUAUCAGCGAAACAACAAGAACCUGUGUUUGGUUUUUCUUGUAUAGGGCCAAGAUGUUCACGUUCACAACAUCUGCCGACGAAUUAUUUGUGAACUCCUUGGACGAAGACUUCUGGGGAUUGCGGUCCAAGAUUUGCCACUGGCGGGCCAAACACUUCUAUGGGGGAGAUAUUGUGCAGGUGAAGACGCACUUAGAAAACCUUCUCUUGCAAUGCCCAAGUACUGGAGACCUCGAUGCCCGCAGGGACGCACUCGAGGCGCUUGCAGAGGUAGCAUUUUGCGGAGGCAGGUCAUCCGACGCAAUGCAUCGCCUACAGGAAAUUGUAGAGAUGUACGAAGGACUUGAUCCCAGCGUGGCGCUUUGGUAUGCCGUCUGGAAAGGCGUCGUUGUGAGCGAACAAGGGCAUCAUGACCUUGCGAGAGAGAUCAUUCACAAAGCCUCCGAGCCCUUCCCAUUAUGUGCCCUGCCCAGUACAGCCGCAUUUCUCCAUAGAUCUUAUGGCUUGGCAUGCGUCGAGCUCAACGCAGGCGAGUACGACAAGGCAGUCUCUCAUUUCACCGCUACCAUUGAAGGUUGUAAUAUCCAAGGACAUCUUGACUUCAAGGCGUUCAGCAUACGUGGAUUGGGGGAGAUUGCCUUUGAGAGAGGGGACUUUGCAUUAGCCGUACAGCGCUUUGCAGAGACGCUGUCCUUGUGCACUGAGAUGGGAGUGUCUCCAAGAAAAUUACAUGGCAUACCAUUCGAUGCACUGCCAGAAAGAUUUAAAGGGUGGACAUUGUUUGUGGAAGGGCAUUCACCAUUUACGAGCGUUGAUAUGUAGAUGAUACACGGUAAGCUGCAAGCCGCAGUUGGGCACAGUAUCACGCACGUCGAUCCAUAUGUACUGCCAAAUACUACCCUUUGUAGAGUAUUAGACAGCCAGUGCGACUCCUACUUCUUGUUGAGCUCCUCUGCCCUUCUAUGAAGUU